CUCUCUCUCUCUCUCGAGCUGGGAGGCGAGGGUUGAGUCCCCGAAGGUCCGCCAGCUGGUCCUCCUCUGUGAGCAAGUCGGGGACCCGAACAGAACCGCGCGCCGAGCUGUUCCAGCUGCAGACUGAGGGGGGCGUGGCGCGCAGGUAAACACUGAACGCGUAGACGACGCGGGGACGCGCGUUUUUAUUUACUCCUCUUCCUCCGCGGGGAAGAGGAGGAAGAGAGCACAGCUCGUGAUGGGACACGAGCCGCGAGGAUGAGCCACAGAACCAGAACCAGUCCGAUCCGAGCCUACGACUUCCUGCUGAAGUUCCUGCUGGUGGGAGACAGCGACGUGGGGAAGGGGGAGAUCCUGGAGAGCCUGCAGGACGGAGCGUCCGAGUCCCCGUACGGGUACAACCUGGGAAUCGACUACAAGACGACGACCAUCCUCCUGGACGGGAGACGAGUCAAGCUGCAGCUCUGGGAUACAUCCGGACAGGGUCGGUUCUGCACCAUAUUCAGAUCCUACUCCAGAGGAGCGCAGGGAGUAAUCCUGGUGUAUGACAUCACCAACCGCUGGUCCUUCGAUGGGAUCGACAGGUGGAUCAAAGAGAUCGACGAGCAUGCACCGGGAGUGCCCAAGAUCCUGGUCGGGAACCGCCUCCACCUCGCCUACAAGCGUCAGGUGACUACGGAGCAGGCGCAGGUGUACGCCGAGAAGCUGGGCGUCACUUUCUUUGAGGUGAGCCCGCUCUGCAACUUCAACAUCACCGAGUCAUUCACGGAGCUCGCCCGCAUCGUCCUCAUGAGGCACGGCAUGGAGCGCCUGUGGAGGCCCAACAAAGUGCUGAGUCUUCAGGACCUCUGCUGCCGCUCCAUUGUCUCCUGCACGCCUGUCCACCUCGUGGACAAGCUGCCUCUGCCCCACACCCUCAAGUCCCACCUCAAGUCCUUUUCCAUGGCCAACGGUCUCAACGCUCGCAUGAUGCACGGACGCUCCUACUCCGUCACCGCCGCCGCCACGGCCGCUCAUCACAGCGCUGCCAAGAGGAGUGGAGGGACGCUUCUUAAAAAGCCAAAAUUGAUCCGACCGCCGCCGCUCAGCCCGACAACGCAGGGCUGCAGAAACAGCUGCAAAAUAUCCUAACGGCAGCGAACGCACCACCGGCUGUGGAUGGGUCAUGGCCAAGUACAAAGUAUGUGUGAAGAGAAGAAACGAGAGACAAAAACUUUUAUGUUUGGAGACGAGGAAACAUCAAGUUGAACCUCUGACCAGAGAUGUUGGUGGCGAACAGCUUCUUCUUCUGUUCAUCCAUCAUGAUGGGUUUAAAGAUAAUGUCAGGGAAUCUGUUUGAGUCUGUAAUGUAAUCUUGUAUGGCUUUAGUAGACUAUUUAGUAUGGGACAAACACUCAGUUCAGACAACAUUUAAAUAUAAAAUAUAAAAAUCAAAAAAUUUUAAGAUGAAAUAUUCUCAAAACACCAUCAAAGUUCAAAAUGAUCUAAUUAUAAAAACUGCUUAUUUAUUUUGUGUCCAACACAAAAUCAAAAAUAACUUUAACUUGGAUGUUUUCAUUUCUUUCUUGAGUUUGCAUUUUCUUUUAGAAUGUGUUUGUGAUGUAAAGUUGUCAUUUAUGUUUGUGCAUAGAAAUAUUUUCACUAGUUCAAGCGUUACAUCCGCAGUUAAACCUCACCGUUUGUUCCACAGUGACACCUGCUGUUUGGGAUGAAGACUGCAGCGUGUAAAGUACUGAUAUAAACAGUUAAAGUGAGGCGUUGUUUUGGCAUAAACAUGCAUUGAGUGUAAAACUAAUCUCCCAUUCCCAUUUAUUUAUUUAUUUUUACUCAGAAUUUAUUCAGUUUUUUUAAACAAGUUUCUAAUUGUACAUGAAUAGGAACAUUGGUCUAAAAAAUAAGACUUAUAAAUUAUUUCAAAUGUUAUGUGAAUUAUUUCUCAUUUGGUUUACUUUUUAAGUUUAAAACAUAACAUUAUUUUGAUAACAUUUUAAAAAUCCUACAAAGUGUAGAUUUUGACUCCUAAAGUGUAUCUUUGAGUGAAAAUUCCUUGUUCCGUAUUAAUCUCUCUGUUACUGACCUUGCCACUUGAUUUAUGAAUGUUUGGCAAAUGUCAGAUCAAUUUAAACGUUAGCAGCAUUUAGAGAUGUGUAAAGUUUUGUCAUUUAAAGUGACAUGAAAGUGGAAGUGAUAUUAAUGUUGCUCAAAGGUUUUCCUACAGUUAAUUUUUUAUAUACCAGAAAUCUCAUCUGCUCAGACUGAAAGUUGACAAAUAUUAUCCUUCUCGGAGGCAGAAAAAAAAAUACAAACUAUGGGGCAUUUUCUUCCUCAGGUUUUCUACGACAUUAACAUGUAUCAAACGGCACUUUGACGCUGACUUUUUGCACUUCUCUCGCACCGUUACUCUACCAGCAGCCAUUUUGUGUACAAUAUUUGUACGUGUUGUAAAUAUUCCCGUUUGAUAUGAUGAAGAACUUAUGUUUUAUUGUUUUUCCAGUGAGACAUUUUUCUGCAGAAAUGUCUGAAAGUUGUGUUUAUCAUUGAUUCACAAUAAACUUCACUACCUUCCACA